GGAAAUUUCUCAAUGUUGUUGCAAAAUGGCCUGGUGCAACCCAUGACAGUCAUAUCUUCAGAACAUCAGCAAUUGGGCUGCCACUAGAAGGAACAACAUUGGAUGAUGGUGUUCUUCUUGGUGAUAGUGGGUAUCCAUGUUUACCAUAUCUUAUGACACAAUACAACAACCCCAUCACCGUACAGCAACGGCGAUUUAAUCGAGCACAAAAAUGCACAAGAUCUUCGAUUGAAAGAGCUUUUGGCAUCUUAAAAAGAAGAUUUCAUCUCUUUUAUUCAGAGAUUCCAAUGGCCCCAAACAGAGUUUGCACCCUUGUUGCUGCAUGUUGCGUGCUUCACAAUAUUGCCAUUGAUUACAAUGAACCAAUGGGGUAUCAUGAUGAGGAUGAAGACCAAGUAGACCUUGGCAAUAACUAUCAAGGUGCAAAUAGGGGAAAUGCUGUCAGAAGCCAUAUUACAAACACAUAUUUUUAA